CCGCUUACUACUUUCCCGCCAUCUACAGAGAGCGAGAGAUUCACCCGCCAUUUUCAUUUCCACUCUCAAUUCCAAAAACCAGACAUGUCUUCUUCUUCGGCCCCCUCCAAAACCCUAAUGGAUUUCUUCCAACCACCUUCCAAACGAAUCAAAACCACUCCCACUUCACUCUUAAUCCCCAACUCCAACGACGCCAGUGGCUCCUCCGCCUCACUCUCCGUUGACCAGAAAUCACGCGUCGAUUACAACAAGCACCUCGCAAAAUCCAAGCGCAACCUCAAAAUAUGCCUCGAUAAGGUCUCCAACUCCAAAGGUUUUGUGAAACUGGAGGAGCUGCUGGUAGAGGACACGUGGUUGGAAGCACUCUCUGGUGAGCUCCAGAAACCUUAUUCACUGAGCCUCUCAAAGUUUGUUGAAUCUGAGAUUUGCAAUAGCAACAUUGAUGCUGUGUAUCCGCCUUCUCACCUCAUCUUCAAUGCUCUUAACUCUACCCCUUUCGAUAGGGUUAAGGCCGUUAUCCUUGGACAGGACCCUUAUCAUGGACCUGGUCAAGCAAUGGGCCUUUCAUUCUCAGUCCCUGAGGGUGUGAAAGUUCCUUCCAGUUUGGUAAAUAUAUUUAAGGAACUCAAAGAAGAUCUUGGUUGUUCAGUUCCACGUCAUGGAAAUCUAGAAAAAUGGGCUGUACAGGGUGUUCUCUUACUUAAUACCGUACUCACAGUCAGGAAACAUCAAGCAAACUCUCAUGCAAAAAAGGGAUGGGAACAAUUUACUGAUGCUGUUAUCAAAACAAUCUCACAGAAAAGGGAAGGCGUUGUCUUUCUGUUGUGGGGCAACUCUGCUCGGGAGAAAUCUAGGUUAAUUGAUGCAACAAAACAUCAUAUACUUCAAGCUGCACAUCCUUCUGGUUUGUCUGCAAAUAGAGGCUUCUUUGGGUGCAGGCACUUCUCUCGCACAAACCAGCUUCUGGAGAAAAGGGGCAUAGAUCCCAUAGAUUGGCAACUAUAAUAUGUAGUGUUUGAACUUUGAAGCCCAAAGCUUUGUUCCUUUUCAUCAAAACCUUUUUGAAGUUUGGUUCAAGUUCUUGGGCCUUGUGUAAAGAUGAUUCUGUUUAUUCAAAGUCGAUCAUGACAGAAGAUGCUUUUUGUCGAUAGGUGUUGUCAGCUACGAGAUUCUGCAGUCCCGACAUAUAUAUAGUAUUUUAUCUUAUUCAUGGUCUCCCAUACUAAAUGGAUUUCUUGUGUUAUACAUGUUAUGCUAAAAUAUCAACGAAUGAUAUAUUUUUGGGGGAGAUUCUCAAAAGGACAUGCAACACUUAUUUUCUUCUAUAUUUGUUAUCAAAGCUCGCAAAUAUCCAGAGUAUAUUGAGUGUUGAACUUGCAUAAUAUUGUGUGUAGAAUAAGUGAAAGGACUAGCAAGUAAUUACUUGGAAAGCUGAUGAUUAUGGUUCUGUUAAGCAACGGUUUGCAUAUAUGCUUCA